GAGCCUUUAUAUAAGAUUCUUGGAAAGAAAUAGUUUAUGGAAAUACAUCUUGAGAGCAGAACUCGGCUUGCUGGAAUCAAAAAUAAUUGCUGAAUUCUUGCAUGGAUGCAGGUUAGCUUAUGUGGGAACUGAGAUGAGAGAGAGAAGAGAAAUGCAUGGAGGGAAUGAAGCAUCAUGAAAUUAAAGUCUGCUUCAGAAACAGAAGGCCUGUAGCAGGGCUUUAUAAAUUCCAAGAGAAAUGGAAUAAAAGUCUUUCAAUAAAAGAAGAUAUAUGGAUAUAUAUGGCAUAUAUGGAGAGGAAGAAUGGAACAAGGAGAAGGGUUUCAUCUUCAGCUUGUCCAAUGGACCUGAAGCACUGCUGAGUGUUACCUGUAGGAGCUCUAUAAGCACAGUGGCUGCUGGGAUGUUGCGGCAGAACGGUGGAGGCAACAAGCGUGGUUUGGGAUUAGCCCGACUGUCUACCUCCAACUUCUUCACCAUCUCCAAUUCAGGAAACUGGGGAAUGGGGCGCAGCACCAAGAGCAGCUCUCUGAGCAGCAUCAGCUCCAACUCGGACUGCUAUGAUAAUCCUGUUGUGGAUCCAGAGUAUAUCACACAACUGGUGAACGACGUCAGGAAGUUUGCAGACGUGCUGCUGUAUUUGAAGGAAGCCAUUUGUUCAGAAGAGAACCAAGAUGGCCUGCACCAGGUAGUACAUGAACGCCUGGGGGAGUUGCUACGUGUUUUAAAAGCAGUGAUAAGUAAAUACCAAAAUCUAAACUCGGUCGAGAUCCUUAGUGCUGCAGGAACAGUUAUUGCAAAAGUAAAAGCGGUGAACUUCAAAGAAGUUAAAGAAGAGAGCAAGAGGGAGCUCUUCAGUGAAAUAUUUUCUUCCAUUGAAACAUUGGCAUUCACCUUUGGAAACGUUAUUUCAGACUUCCUUAUGGGAGAUGUAGACAAUGGCUCGUCACUGGGACUUCCUGUAUCUCGGAGAAGUCGGUCUUUCGAGAAUCUUUCUGUGGAAUCUGGGGGUUCACUGCAUGAAAGGGAUGAUAUUCAAGGACAUCUUCGAGCAGAGGAGGUUGACAGCAUGCUCCUGAGAAAUGACAGCGGAAUCGAAUCAGCUCUGUCGUAUGCUAAGGCAUGGUCAAAAUAUACCAAGGAUGUAGUCGCAUGGGUAGAAAAAAAGCUGAGCUUGGAAGUGGAGUGUGCUAAAAACUUAGCAAAAAUGGCUGAAACUGCUAAAGCUCUUGUUGGACACCAGGAUUACAUGCCAUUCCAAUCAAUAUUCAUUACUGCUUUUCAAAAUGAUAUUGAGAACAAUCAGCUUUGGCAACAAACAGCUGCUGCUCUCCAGUCUAACAAAUUUGUGCAGCCUGUUCUUGGAAGGAAAAAUGAGUUGGACAGACAAAGGAAAGAUAUCAAGGAGCUUUGGCAGCGAGAACAGAAAAAAAUGCAAGAGCUGGAAGCUGCUGUAAGGAAAGCAAAAUCACUAUAUACACAGCGUCAAGAUGAGUAUGAAAAGGCCAAAUCCUGCACUGCUCGUGCUGAGGAGGAACAGCUUAGCUCAAGUGGAAGCUUUGUGAAAGAUUUCAGCAAGCAACUGGAAAAAAAACGAAGGCUGGAAGAGGAAGCUCUUCAAAAAGCUGAAGAGGCCAAUGAACACUAUAAAACAAGCAUGGCAGAGGUUGAAGAGAAAAGGAAUUAUUUGGAAAGCUUUAAAAGUGAUGUCUUAACACAGCUUCGGGAGCUGAUUUACCAGUGUGAUCUGACUCUUAAAGCUGCAACAGUUAAUCUGUUCCAGCUGCAGCAUGCUCAGGUUGUAUCUCUUCCAGUUAACUGCCAGUCCCUCUGUGAAAGUGCCAAACUCUAUGACCCUGGUCAGCAGUAUUCGGAGUAUGUGAAGAGUUUGCCAAAGGAAGGUAUUCCUAUUGAACGAGGCUCUUUUGAAACCCAGAGUUCCCAGGUUGAUGGGGUUUUUAAUAAGCAAUCAAGCAACAGUGUCCAUACGUCCCAUGGUAACUUAUCUCAGUGUUCAGGAGACUUCCCUGCUCAGACAUUAGAUGAUGUGGGAAGCCCUGUUUAUCAUCCUUCACAAAAGAUUGGAGAGAAGAGAUCUUCCAGCAGCACAGAUAUGCAAGCAAUACGAGGACCACCACCAUUCAGAUCGUGGUCGGUUGGCAACCAGAGUGGAGGAAUGUGCAGUGACUCUGAAAGUGCAGGGGGAAGCAGUGAGUCACGAUCCAUGGAUUCUCCAUCUGCUAGCCCAGGGGAUUUUAAAAGACGACUUCCCCGAACACCUUCCACUGGUACUAUGUCAUCUGCAGAUGAUCUUGAUGAAAGAGAGCCGCCAUCUCCUUCAGACUGUGGUUUAAAUGAUAUGACAUCUGAAACUGCAAAUUCCCCAGGACCUUUUAGAAAUGCCAAUAUGUCCAAAGCAGCACAAACACACAAACUCCGGAAGCUGAGAGCUCCAUCUAAAUGCAGAGAAUGUGACAGCUUAGUGGUAUUUCAUGGAGCUGAAUGUGAGGAGUGCUCACUCGCAUGCCAUAAAAAGUGUUUAGAGACUUUAGCUAUUCAAUGUGGGCACAAAAAACUUCAUGGAAGGCUUCACUUGUUUGGAGUGGAAUUUGCCCAAGCUGCUAAAAACGUUCCUGAUGGCAUUCCUUUCAUCAUCAAAAAGUGUACCUCAGAAAUUGAAAGCAGAGCUCUGAAUGUCAAGGGCAUUUAUCGUGUGAAUGGAGCCAAAUCAAGAGUUGAAAAGCUUUGUCAAGCUUUUGAAAAUGGCAAGGAUUUGGUCGAACUCUCGGAACUCUAUGCACAUGAUAUCAGCAAUGUUCUCAAGCUGUAUCUUCGCCAGCUUCCAGAACCCUUGAUUUUGUUUCGGCUUUACAAUGAGUUCAUUGGACUUGCAAAAGAAAGCCAGAAUGUAAAUGAGGAACUGGAUGCUAAACAAGCUAGCCCCAAAUCAAAAAAAAGACAGUCCAUCUGUAUUGAGUUGAAUAGGAUCAUCAUUAAAAUUAAAGAUCUUCUGAAACAACUGCCUGUACCAAACUAUAACACUCUUCAGUACCUUAUUGGACAUCUUCACAGGGUUACAGAACAGUGUGAUGAAAAUAAAAUGUCAGCCAGCAACCUUGGCAUAAUAUUUGGCCCAACUCUGAUCAGGCCACGUCAAACGGAUGCUACAGUUUCUUUGUCAUCACUUGUGGAUUACCCUUAUCAAGCCCGGGUAGUGGAGCUGCUCAUAACAUACUAUGAAAAGAUAUUUGACGUUUCAUUGAAACCACUUCUGAACAUAUCUCAGCUUGAAGAAAUUGGCCUUAUGGAAAGAGUUGCUUUAUCAGCAGAAGAGAGGGAGCCACAGCAGCAGACGAAGUCGUUUGUUGCUGUAAAGGAACGUAUUCUGAUCACUCCAAGUGAAAGCAGAGCUUCAGAAACAGCUGCAUUGUUUUUGGAAUCAAACAAUAGCAAGAAUACGAAAGAACAAGUAGAUACAUCUGUAACUGAACAUGUAUCAUUGCCACUCACAAGAACUAAACUAGAAGGCGCUGGGAAUAAUAAUUUUCUGACAGAAUCAUCAGCUGCCAGCAUUUUAGAUGUUAACAUUUCUGCUCAAGAAAAGCCAGGUGAUGCUGUGAGUCCAGCUUCAGAGAGAGACGGUGAUUCAUUUGUUUCUCUAGGUGAGGACAGCUCUAAAGCUAACUUACUUCCUGGAAAACCUACCCGUCAGAUUACCAAAGUUCCACUGCGGGUUUCAAGGACAAAGCCAGCUACUCGGCCUCUGAGCCUACCUGUAGACCGAAUACUUCCUCCUUGUGUUUUGAAUGAGAGAAAUUCACAAAAUGCAGGAGCAGUAAGUCCAGACAAGCUUGGCAGGAGCCCAACUAUUGAAGAAGUUUCAGAGGUGAAGGCACUCCCUGCUGCUAAUACCUGCUGCAGGCUUCCUUGUUAUGACACUCAAAUGCUGCGCAAAACUUGGGACAAGCAAUAUAAACAGUAUGAUAUCACAGCAAGGACAGCAAUGAUUGUGACUAAUGUGCCCCAGGAGAACCGAGCACUUGAGAGAGGAACUGCAGGUGCUUUGUCUUCAUCAUGCACCACUGAUAACAAUUCAGCCAAUGCCAUUCUUCUUAGUAAGCCAUAUUCUGUUUCAGCUGGGUCAGGAAGGACAGCAACAGAAGGAAAUAGUGCUGAUGCCAAUCCUCUUACUACCGUCAGGGCACCAAGAACAUUGCAGCCACCCCCAGGCACAUUUUAUAAACCACCCUCUAACAAAUCAAAACAAAAUGGAGAGGGUCCUUUUGCUAAAGCUUGUGCACUAGCCAGUGCUAGCUCUGUGCUUCACCAGGAUAAUACUGUGAAACUGGCUAGGAGCUCUGCACUUCCAUCAGGUGAUAAUGAACAAACCACAAAUAAACAAGGAACUAACUCAGAGGAUACUCACCCCACAGAUCUGAAGCCUACUUACCAGAGACUAAGACCAAAAAGGAUCCAAGAACUGGAACACAGGGAAGCUCAUUUUGUAUAGGGUGCAAAUUCUUCUUGGACUGGAUGCAAUUUGGUGUUGCCAGUGGAGGCUUCCCUAUGCCCCUUUAUCCUUUAUCUUCCCUUGAGAAUCCCACUUUUGUGCCAUAUUGGAGUUAUUUUUAUAUAUGCAGCAUUUUUAAGGGGGGGGGGGGGAGGGCUGGGGAAUUGUGAAGGAGGUAAGUCAAACUUUGUAAUUCACUAGCUUUUCAUACAGUUUAAUGCAUUCCCAGUCUUAAAUACAGAGAAUGGGCUCACUGAAUAAGACAUUGAGCUUCAUUUUUUUUUCAUGAGCCAUUUUUCAUAAUAGAUGUUAUAAUAAAAAUGGAAGGUUUAAUGUUCAUUGUCUAAGCAUAAACCAAAGCUUGUGCUUUGCUCUGUAAAAGCAUUUGUUCAGUUUUCUAAUCUGUGCAAUUAAAGCUUUGCUCCUGAACACUUACGUACUGGCCAGCAUGGCCCAUAAUGAUGUAUCAUAUGUGUAUAUUUUAGGCAGACAUGGUUAUCUGUUGCCAGUUUUCUAUGUUGUCACUUUAAUAUUUGGGGUUUUUUUGUACAGAAGGAUGCACUUACUGAGCUUUACUAUUCAGAAGCAGCAAUCAAUCCACAUUCUUGUAUAGCUUAGCAGGUGGGGCGGAUAUGCACAGCCUGUUUCAUUUGGAUGCCCUUCUGGAGAAACUAGCAGUUGCAGUGGUGCUGUUUCUUUCCCAGGUGAAUGAAAAGUUAGUGAUAUGCUUGCUAUAGAUCAGUUUCACUACUUACUGUGUAACUGAAAUGAAGAGCAUUGUUUCCAAGUUUCAGUGAAAGAGCUGGAAAUAACCAAAAAUCUGCAUUAGUAGGUGCAUCUAACGGUUUUCACUUUGUAUUAAAUGGUUUUUAUGUGUACACUGUUAUAUUUGCUUUAAAAUAUAUUAACUUGUUAACAUUUCA